AGGUAGGUCUGACUGGCAGUUGUGAGUUCAGACAGAGAGGCCUGUGAAGCUGGCAAGGAGAAGGUGGUGUAUGGAGCCUGGGCUGAUUUCUAAUGAAAAUUUAAACCCCAGCUAUGACUGUUACAAAGAAAAGAAAAGCAGCUGAUGAUAAGCGUGUAGCUCAAAAGGACAAUGUGUAUGAGAAUAUGCAAGAGUCACAGGAGACCCACAUGUCCAACCACCUUGACGAAGUCAUUGCUGCUGUCAACGUCACUUCUAAAAAGAGGAUCCCGAACAAGCUGCUCCAGACAGCGCUGUUCCAGCCCCCUCGAGAGAAACUCCACCUGUGUGAAGAGAAAGCAAAGUGGUACUCCAGCAGCCAUGAGUACAAACAGGCCAUCCAGGAGCUUGUGCGCUGUGUGGCAUUAACGAGAAUUUGCUAUGGCGACUCUCAUUGGAAACUAGCAGAGGCUUAUGUUAAUCUGUCUCAAGGCUAUCUCCAGCUGAAAGGGUUGUCACUGCAAGCAAGGCAACAUGCAGAAAAAGCCAAAGAGAUCCUGGCUAACUCCAUUGAGAGUCCCUAUCAUGACAAUACAGAUUUCUUCAAGUGUUCCAUAGAGCUUUUCUAUACCAUGGGGAAAGCGCUGCUUGACCUUCAGAAGUUCAAAGAAGCCUCAGAGAACCUGGUGAAAGCAGAGAGACUUUCUAAGGAGAUGCUGCAGUGUGGAAACAUGAUAAAGGAAGAGUGGCUGGAAAUCCAAGCUCGGAUCAAGUUGUCCUUCGCACAGGUAUAUCAAGGCCAGAAAAGACCAAAAGAAGCUUUGCCCUGCUAUCAAAAGGCUUUGGAAUAUACUGAGAUCAUCAGAGACGAAAACAGUAUUGAGUGUGUACCCAUACUCAGGGAACUGGCAGGCGUGGAGCAAGCCUUGGGACUCUACGAUGCUGCCAUCAACCAUUUCUCACGGGCACAUCUCAUCGUCCUGAGUAAAGAUCCCUCCCCAGCGGAAGCCGCAGACUCCGCACACUUUAUUGCCCGGGCUGCUGUUGCUUCUGGGAUGUACGACCACCAUGAUGUGGCCGAGAAGUAUUUUCAGGAAAGCAUGACUCAUGCCAAGGAUUCUGAAGGAACAGGAAGAGCCAAGUUUCUCUCGAUUCAAGAUGAAUUUUGCAAUUUUCUGCAAAUCACUGGACAAAAAGAAAGAGCCACGAUGAUACUGAGAGAGUCCCUGGAAGCCAAAGUAGGAGCAUUCGGUGAUUUCAGUCCCGAAGUGGCAGAAACAUACCGGGUCCUGGGCAGGGCAGACCUGGCACAGGGAAACCACAGCGGAGCACACACAAAACUGAAAAAGGGAAUUAGGGGCCAGGGAGAAGACACUUCAACCACCAAAGAGUGUGCUCAGAUUGAGACGUUCCUGUACGGCUCGCAGGACAAGAGGACUGUGUCCACCCAGCAGACCCUAGACACAAUGUCCAAGCAACGGCCAACCGUGACCCUCACACUCCUCAACUGUGGACACCCUUCAAGAUGAGAAGGUGCUCCCUUUCUCCUGGCUGCCUUUCCCCAAAGAGAAUCUUCCCGUCAUCUCGGCUGAGGCCGAAAGGCUCUUCUGAAGUUGGAGCCUCACGUCAGGAAAGGAGACUCACCUGAUCACAGGCAGAGGAACCCGGUCAGAGCUGCUUCUGGGGCAGGGAGACUCUGCACAAUGCCUUCCUUAUAGGAAAGUAAGAAUAACCAAGAAGAAAUGCCAAUAAAGAGAAACGUGUGCUUGUGUCACUUUGUGUGUUUA